GACAGCUCGGUCCACUGCUAGAGCUUGUACAGCCUUAGGACACAACCCAGCAAUACUAUACACUGUGACAAAAACAGAUGCAUUUGUUUAAAGGACUGAUUGCAUUUUCCACUUGCUGUCUGCUUUUCUGAGUCGCUGGUUGCUGACAGGAGGCAGUGAAAGCUGUUCACUUCUCACAAUGGGAAACGCCAGCGGUGCUGCGGUGGAGGAAAUCACAGCCUGCGAGAUUCAUCAGUGGUACAGAAAGUUCAUGACUGAGUGCCCGUCGGGGCAGCUCACCCUCUACGAGUUCAAGCAGUUCUUCGGACUGAAGGAUCUGUCCCCCGGCGCCAAUGCCUACAUCGAGCAAAUGUUUGAAACUUUUGACGUGAACAAGGACGGUUAUAUUGACUUCAUGGAGUAUGUGGCAGCGUUGAGCCUAGUUCUCAAAGCCAAGGUGGGAAAGAAGCUCAAAUGGUACUUUAAGCUCUAUGACAUGGAUGGCAAUGGCAGCAUUGACCGGGGAGAGCUCCUGAACAUUAUCAAGGCCAUCAGAGCCAUUAAUGGCUGCAAGCAUGACACGACAGCGGAAGAAUUCACCAACAUGGUGUUUGAGAAGAUCGAUAUCAACAGCGAUGGAGAGCUGUCUAUGGAGGAGUUCUUGGAUGAGGUCCAGAAGGACGAGCUGCUGCUGGACAUCCUGACCCAGAGUCUGGACCUCUACCAUAUCGCGGGCGUGAUCCAGAGCAACAGCCAGCCAGAGAGCCAGGAGGAGGAGUGCUGAAGCUGGGAGAGCCCCAGACCGGAGAGGGCCCUCCUGUGGAGAAACAUGCCUCAUAUUUCUGACUUGAAUCUUUAAUGUGUGUUGCGUGUCCAUCUGUCGAAAUAUACCACUAAUACUCCAGAUUGAUAAUUUAAAAGACAAGCAGAGGAGUGGUGGUCUCAUGACCCUCACUGAUGAAUGUUAAGCUACACAGCACUGCGCUGUCUCCCCAGAAUAGCGAAUGAUUGCUUCUCGUAACAGUGAAGGGUCACAGGGGCUCGGAAUGACCUGCAAGCUGAGCAUUCGGUGAGGUUAUACUGUAGCAACACGUGCCUUGUUUGGACCUGUGCUGUAUGAAAAGUUCAAAUGGGUUCAAGUCAAACUUGAUAAAAAAACCUAUAUGAUGUUUCCUGUUCAGCUUGCUUCUGACUUGUUGUGUAUUCUGAUAGAAAUGACCUUUUAGUUAUUUGUUUAUGUAUUUAUUAACGAUGUAAACGGGACUGGGGUCUGUAUUAAUAAACUCGUUGCAGUGUAUCGCUUUCUGUUUUAUAGAAACUGAUUUAGAAAGCCGCUCUGAGGUUUGCACAGUGAGUGCAGAAAGCUGCUCUGAUGCAUUUUACAAAGCCCUGUACUCCAAAUCGUCAUCAGGGUCAGUCUGAUGAGAAACAAGAAAACCAUUUAUUAAUAAACGCAUGAGCCACCACUCAGAACAACUCACAAACCCCUGCGGCAAAUACCUGAGCUGUUUGUUUCUGGUAUGGUAACUUUACUGGCUGCAUUCCUGUGAAAAUACCAUGCUAAUUACUGUCUGGAGGAAAUAGCUUUGAGAAUCCAGCCCUGGAGUCACCUCAUCAGCAGCUUCAGAAAAGUGAAUUCCAUUUUAGUAUGUUUGUUCGCUCCAGCUUUGUGAAUGAACGUGUGCACUUUACUGUAGGCAGGAUUAUGUUCAUGUCGGUUCUUUAAGCUACAGAGCAGUUCCAGUGAUUGUCCCAAAGCUCUUCUUGUGUGCUCUGGUGUAACAGAUUGGGAGGAGACCGCUGGGCGAAUAUUAUGAUGUUUGCAAAGGAAAUGCAAACAGUGAUCAAACUGCAUUCAAGAAUGAUUGUGCCUCCAGCAAAGGUUAUCAGAUGAUGGAGUAGGAUUUUCUUGUCCUGCUUUCCCGUAUUCUGUGUGCUUUAUCGGUUUCUUCCCAUGCCUGACAGUACUUCCAAUGUGCUAUACUGCACACUGACAUAAACCUUCAUCUCAAUGUGAUGGGAUCUAUUCCUAAAACAGGCUUCCAUGCUAACACUUCAAACAGUCUCCACUCCACAGACAGCUCGGAUCUACUGUACAGAUUGUGAGGGAACAAUUCUGGACCAAAUCAAAAAAAGCAAACCUGCUGGUUGAUAUUUUGCGAAUGGACAGUAUUUUGUACAAAGUGAAUGACUGUAAAUAAAGAAUAUUUCAUUUCUUAAA